AUGGCUUCCAACACCAGCCGCUCUUCGAUUGACCCCAGGGACAGGGAUGCCCAUGAGGCCGUGUACUCUCAAAGUGCGGGAGUUUGCGGCGCCUUCGAGUAUCCUGUGUACCCUCUGACGCUCUACCAUGACCCCAGACAUCCACCUUUCCUCAAUGUCUUCAGAGGCAAUGGUGACACCUUUGGGGCUAUGAACCUUGAUGCAGUCCCCAAUCUCUCAUUGACUGCUAGCGCGGAAGGCGCACAAGGCACGAGAGGGUCGGACUACAUUGAUCUGACCCAGUCAAGUCGCACCCUUGGCCCUAAGGCGGAGUCUCACGUUGCCCCCCAGAAGCGCGAUGUGAAUUCCACUGUCGGUCAGCAAAGCCGCAAUGAGGCAGCCCAGAAGACAUUCAUGUGCAAAUGGGACGACUGCCAUCGCCGUUUUCGCCGGGAAGCAGAACUGAUGCGGCAUGUCAAGACCAUCCAUUUCGUUGCGUGGUUUGUGCUUAAGAGCUAG